CCCGGGUUUAAUGAUUGAUCGUUUACCGCACCAAAUGACUGUCACAAUCUUCAGCAUGCGAGUAAAUGAUCAUCUGUAGAACUGAAGAGCGACGUGACAGGAGUUCGAUAACACCGUAAAUUAAAGGUCAGGUUUAAACGCCCAUCCUGUUGGUUUUUUUUUCUUUAUCCAUUCAUUCACCACUCUUGCAUGUAGCAUAUCCCAAGGUUGAAACUGAACCUUGGACUUUUGAGUUUUGUCCUGACCACAAACGCAGUGCGAGGGUGAAAUUUUCCUUUCUUCAACCAGAAAAGUCUGAGAAUGGGUGAAUGGGGAUUUCUGUCCAAGCUUCUGGAUAAGGUGCAGUCGCACUCCACUGUCAUCGGGAAGAUAUGGAUGACGGUGCUCUUCGUCUUCAGAAUCAUGGUGAUCGGUGCUGGCGUGGACAAAGUGUGGGGGGACGAGCAGAGUAAAAUGGUGUGCAAUACCAAACAACCUGGUUGUACCAAUGUGUGCUAUGAUCACGCGUUUCCCAUUUCCCAUAUCCGCUUCUGGACCAUGCAGAUCAUCUUCGUGUCCACUCCGACGCUCAUGUACCUCGGCCACGUCAUGCACAUCCUCCACAAGGAAAAGAAGCUCGGGAAUUAUCUCCAGAAAAAAACCAAUGGUGAGGAAAACAAGCAGCCCAAAUCCAAUGACAAGAUAAAGGUGGAAAUUAAAGGUAACUUAUUGGCUAGCUACCUGACCAGCGUGAUCUUCAAGAUCUUGCUUGAGGCAGCAUUUAUAGUAGGGCAGUACUAUCUGUACGGUUUCGUGAUGGUCCCUAAAAUUGUAUGCACUCGAUACCCGUGUCCCUACACUGUAGAGUGCUUCAUGUCUCGUCCCACCGAGAAAACCAUCUUCAUCAUCUUCAUGCUGGCUGUCUCCUGCGUGUCUUUGCUGCUGAACGUUAUAGAGAUGUUCUACCUGAUCUGCUGCAGAAGACGUAAUAAAUCGAGAAUAAGCUCGUAAGGAAAGCGUCUUAUUCUAAACGGACAAAAUGCCAAGAAGAAGAAAAAGAAUAAGAAAUCUAUUUAAAAAUUCAUUUCGUCUAGCCAUCCACUGAUUUUUAUUUGCUUAUAUUUCUAGAAAAUUGUUCUGAUUUUAGUUUAAGAAUUUGUUUACUUCACUGUGCACAUUUAUUUUUGCUUUUCAGACUUUGCAGACAUGUUUGUUUUAUAGUAAAGAAUCCUUACAUUUGAAAUAAGUGUUUUUUUUUGUAUAAAAUGCAUAUUAAGUAUUAUCUGUUUCAUUCAGCAUUAUUUGACUUCACCAACAUGGUUCUGUAAGGAAUCUAUAGAGAUUUAACAGUUCCAUAUUUAUCAUUUUAUCCUUUAAUAUACUCUAUUUGUAUGUAAUCCUGGAACAAACCCUCUGAAAGACUGUUUUAUAUAUAUAACUUUUUUUUUCAUGUACCAUUGAAUGAAACAAUAAAAGGAUAAGACUGUGGCA